AAUUAAAGAAGAUACAAAUGAAGUGCAAUGUGUAGACGGUGUACAUCUUACUGCACAUUCAUAUUAUCUACAAUAUUACGUGUGUAAAUGCAUAUAUAUGCACGUACGACCGAUUCAACGUCUCCUGUGUGUCUUACUUAACGUGUUUUUCUGGAUGAAAAAAGAUAGAAAAAUACUAGCUAGCAUUAUUUUGUUCAUGGAUACAUUAAUAUUUUAGAACUAAAUGUAACAUAUAAUGAAGCAAUUAAACAAAUUUUUAAUAAAAUAUUAAGGUUGACAAGGCAAUUUGACAUUUUAAAACAUGAAACAGUGUUGUUUAAGCCACCAACUUCAACUGUGGCUUAUGUUUCUUGUCUUUUGUGUAAUGUGCAAUAGAGCAGAUAUUUUAGUAUUUUCUGCGGCUGCAAGACAUCAAAUUGAAGAAGAAUUUAGAGAUAUGCCUGCCAGAUUUGGAGGUUUGAUACCGUCUGAAGGAAUUAAGGGGAUGGUUGUGUAUGCAGAACCACCUACAGCAUGUCAUGAAAUACAGGGUCCUCCUAAUAGUACGAGUUAUAUUGGUAAUUGGAUAUCUUUAAUUGCUCGCUAUAAUUGUAGUUUUGAAAGAAAAGUACGAAUGGCUCAGAAAGCUGGUUAUGAUGCUGUAAUUAUACAUAAUGUAAACAGCAACAAAUUAGAACCAAUGUUAGCUAAAGAUCCUACAGGAAUAAUAAUACCAUCAGUAUUUGUCAGUGAAAUUACAGGAUUGAUUAUUAAAGAAAAUUAUUUAUAUGAUGAAUUGUAUUUUGUAUUAAUCAAUGAUGACAGUCCAUUCAAUAUAACACAUUUACUUUUGCCUUUUGCUAUUGUCGUAGGGAUAUGUUUUUUAAUCAUGGUUAUCUUUAUGAUUGUUAGGUGUAUUAAAGAUAGAAGAAGACAACAAAGACAUAGAUUACCUAAUUCAAGUUUGAAAAAAAUUCCUACGCACAAGUAUACAAAAGGUGAUCCAUAUGAAACAUGUGCUAUUUGUUUAGAUGACUAUGCUGAGGGUGAAAAAUUAAGAGUUUUACCCUGUGCACAUGCAUAUCAUACAAAAUGUAUUGACCCUUGGCUAACAAAAAAUCGUAGAGUUUGUCCAGUUUGUAAGCGAAAAGUUUUUGCAGCGGACGAACAAGUUGUUACUGACGAAAGUGAUUCAGAUGCCGACGAUACGACACCUUUGAUUCGAGAAGGCCAUCAAGGUACUCAAGGUGGAACAUUUUCACGACAAAGAGAGAAUCCUUUUAAUCGUGCCAGAAGAUCGCAAACAAGACAACACGAUAUAAUUCACUUCAAUAGCAGUUCUGAUUCUGAAGAAUUAUUAGAUACAACAGAUGAAGAAGCUAGUGUAAGUGCUGGAGAACCAUCUAGUGGCACUGUUUUCAGGCCGUUUGAUAUUCAUAGUAUUAAUGGCGAGUUACCGGACUUGGAAUGUUCUGUGAGCAGUACUAAACCACAUACGGUAAAUUUAUAUACAGAUGUUGAAGAAUUUCCAGCCCCUGUUGUUCAAAUUACAAAUUGCAAUAUACGAACAAAUUCACAAACAUCGAAUUCGGGCGGGUCUGUACCAAUCGAAAGUGAAGCCACAAAUUUUAUUAAUACAGAUUCUGAAAAAAUCGAUAUUCAUGUAUAAAAUUCGGUUAUAUCUAUUUUUUAUUAUAUAUCUAUAUAAUCAAUAAGAUUGAUAUGUUCUUUUAAGACAUUACAAAAUCUGAUAUAGACUGUUAAUAAUUCAUAACUAUAUAAAAAAAAAAAGGCAUUUUGAAUGCUUUAAGAGCUUCAUCUUUUAUUUUAAAGAACGAAAAAAAUAUUUAUCAUUAUUUCUUCUUUAUUAACUAUACAAUAGUUUUCAUUGCAAAUUUAAAUUUAUUUCAUUUGUCUAAUAUAAGGGUGCCCCAUAAGUUUCUUUCUUUUUUUUGAUACAAAAUGAAUACAUGAUAUUUCUUGUUUAUUGCAAGAUUACUUUAUUGCAUUAUGCAUAUGAAUUAUUCUGCUCUAUCACUUUCUACCAGUUUCUCUCAGGAAGCCAGGAAUUAUUUCCAUUUUUCAAAAUUGUUAGGGUUCAUUUGCAAAAUAUUGCUCAAGGUGCCUUUCGCUUACAGAUUGGAAUCGUUUAUUAUAGAGAGAAUUUUUUUUAAUAACAGGAACAAGUAAUAAUCGGAUAAAGCAAGAUCUAGUACAGAAAAUACAAUAGAAUGUCUCAAUCAAUUUUUAACAGCUUUUCUCUUACAGUCAAUGCAAUAUGCGGUUUUACAUUGUCGUGAUAGCCUCGUCGGUUUGCCAGUUUUGACUGUUUUUCUACUAUGGCGUCCUUCAAUUUAUCAAACUAUAUUACAAUAUUUUCCAGAAUUGAUGGUUUCAUCUUGAGAAAGAAGCUCACUACAUUUUUCCAAUCCCAAAUGGAUAAAAGAAUUUUCUUCAGAUGAAGUCCACGCUUCGCAACGGUUGACAGUCUCUAAUGUUCUUAAAUCAAAUACAUUUUCGAUGCAUAUUUUGAUAGAAAAUCCAAGUUUCAUCUCCAGUAACAAGUCUUUUUAAAAAAAUCUCUUUCAUGUCGUUGGAAGAGAAAAUCGUAUAUAAAGACGCGAUUCAUAAAGUCGGUCUUGUCAAUAGCUGUGGAACCCAAACUUCAUCGAUUGAUAUAUCCCAUCUUGGUCAGGUGAUUAUUUACUGUUUUCCUGGAAAUGUUAGUGGCAUCUAUUAUCUCUUGCUCAUCCGCAUAUCGCGGAUUUUCAGCAUAGCCUUGAUAAAGUCCGUAUUCGUCAUUGCUAGACGGUCACUGCAAUUUUUCAUCUUUCAAGUUAAAAUUGCCAUCUCUUAAACCAAUUGUAGAUGAUCGUAAUUGUAGCUCCGCUUCCCCUAAACAAUACAAAUCUCUUCUGCAGUAUAAUUUGCAUUAUCAUCUUUUUUUUAAAGUAAUAAAGCAUAACAUGUCGCAAAUUUUUUGGCUAUUCUUUUGGCUAUUCAUAUUGGAAUGGUGUAGAAAAAAAUUUUAAAAGAGACUGUGUCAAUGAAAUGUAUUUUGAAGAGCUUUGGGAUGACUGAAACCGAUGCUAUAAACGACUAAUAGAUAAGUCUGCAUGUUCAUGUAAAAAUAACCAGUUAAAGUCAUUCCUAAUGAGGUGCAAAAGAAACUUAUGGGAUACCUUUACAUUUACUGUUUUUUCAAGCAUUUUUUUUACAUCAUAAAUUUUAUAUAUAGAUAAUAUUAUAUAUAAUGAAAA